GUCUCUGUGGACAACCCUAUGACCCCGAACGCUUCAUGAUCCAGUGCGACGUCUGCAAGGACUGGUUCCACGGCAGGUGAGAUGCUUUGUUUUGGUUCGAAGUCACCCUUGAUUGAUGUCUCCUUUCCGUCGUCGUUGUUGACCCUCCUAAGAGUUUCUCUUUGCUCGUUGAGAACGACUCCAUUCCAUCGUAUUGCUCUCGUGAACUGUUUGUUUGAUUAUAAAUUCGGUUGUGAAGAACGGGUUGAUGGUCAACUCCUCUUAAUGGUCAAUGACUGCCGCUCAAUGUUAUUGUAUCUGAGGGCGAGUUAGCGUCGCUUGCGCGCAACUGGUGCCCAGCUUCGCGCUCCUUGGUGAACCCCAAGCUAGCACAAGCGUUUGUCUGACAAAGUUCCAUCGUCUUUCCAAGCACAGUGACACUCAACUGAAUCAUAUGUGACAGCUGUAGCCGGUAAACUUUACGCGUCCUAUUAGAACCGGUGAAUAAAGCAACGCAAUAAUUGAAAUCAAUCGAUAAUCAUUCUUGCUAAGCUGGGCAGUUGUUCCACAUCGAGUUCUUUCAGUUUUUUGCCCCCUCUGGUACAACGUCAUUGAAAAUAUCAAACUGCUUCUUCGUUUAUGCCAAACCCUUGGGUUUCAAGUCUUAAGUGAACCAUGAGCAUCGUCAUCAUCAUUAUAUAAAAUAUUAGCGCGUACCACAAAUCUCAUUUAUCAUUAUCUACAACUAUAAACCGCAUAGCUGAACUGCUAGCUGAAUGAGACCCGUUCUCUGCUGUACCGCAGUCGCUGAACCGUCUCGUAGACGUCCGAGAGCUGGCCACGAGUCGACCCAUGCGGUGGUCACUCCUACGAACCGUUACGCUCCGACCAUCCGUCGCCAUCGCAUGCUGUACACGUAACGCCAUCUGCUGGCCAUCACUCUUGAAGUUUUUUAAACAUCAGAGAGUCUACAAGCAACAGAUCAAGCCAAGGGCGGGUUCCACCGGAAAGAAAAUGGCGGGCCCACUCGGCCAAGAAGAAAUCGAACGGCGCGCACUCAACUACUGCCGCUGGCAACCCGUAUCGACUCAGCCAGUACACGCGUCUCCGAACGAAACUGCGUUUUCGAUAAUGUCAUACAACUUGCUAGCGCAAACAAAUCUAGAUAAUCAUCCUGAACUUUAUCGACACUGCAAUCCUGAUCAUCUUGAGUGGGAGUUUCGCGCUAAGCGUCUUAUAAAACAAAUGAUAACCCACAAUUGCGACAUCUUUUGUCUUCAGGAAGUCCAAGAGGAGCAUCUGCUAGAAUCAAUUGCUCCGCAACUGGAGCGCGCGGGCUAUCAAUAUGUCUAUAAGGGUAAAACAGGGGGAAAAAUUGAAGGGUGCGCAGUUUUCUGGCGAAAGGAAAUAUUCAACAUUUUGCAAUGGAGUUCGGUCGAAAUGCGAGUUCCAGGUUGUCGGAUCCUAAAUCGUGAUAAUAUCGGACUCGUUACGCUGCUUUCACCACGCGACAAGCCGCAGGCGAAAUUAGUCGUGGCCACAACACACUUGCUGUUCAACCCAAAGCGUGGUGAAGUAAAAUUAGCCCAACUUCGCUAUCUAUUAGCUGAGGUCGAAAAAGUGGCAUUUUUAGGCACCUGUGAAAGUGAUCUGUCAACGCCACUAUACACACCGAUCAUACUAUGCGGCGACUUUAACUCAAAACCGUUUUGUCCUCUGUAUGAGUUUAUUAAACAGGGUAAGUUUACUUUAGAUGGGCUGUUACAUGGUGAGAUUGCUGGCCGUGGUGGUGGACAAUACAUCCGACCGGAGGAAAUUAAUGUGGGUAACUUGCUGCCGUGUACGAUCCUUGAAGACACCUAUAUUGGGCGAUAUGGGAUUGAAGCCAUAUCCACAAUGGAACGAGCUUACACUAAUGGAUUCAUAUACCACUUGCUAGGCGAAUUUCAGUCAUGUUACUCACACAUAAAGAGGGACGCGGCCGAGGUUACGUCAUAUAACGACGACGCCGUCACGGUGGACUAUAUAUUCUUCCAGAACUCUCGUCUCCUCAGGCAUGUUGGCACCUUAAGUCUGAUGACGCUCGAGGAGCUGCAAAGUAUCGGCGGGCUUCCAAAUGCAGCAAUGGGUUCGGAUCAUCUGCCGCUAGCUGCCAGAUUUAUCCUGAAAACGAUUCCGACAGGGUUCCUUCAAACCGGAUUGUGAAUUCCGUUGGUAAAAACAUAAAACUCAGUAGAUAUGGAUGGACAGAGAAAAAAUCAUUGACCUACUGACAUAAAAGAGCUUUGUAAUAAACAGAUGUAUUU